CAUUCGAACAGGAGGAAAAAAAAUAGUAUUCGGUAUCUGCUGCGUCGUCGACAAUAAACCAAACAGCUUACAAGGGUUGAAUUUAUUCUCAUUUAUUCAACAUUCCGGACGAAACCGAAAACGAAUAGCACGACAGCGGACAACGACGAUGGGUUUCUACGUUACGUCAAGGGUAUUUCGACAAUUGCGCCCGGUUUGCUUCCAGCUUUCGGUUCGCUACUUUUCCGUGACCGAUCAACACAACACUCGUCUGGCAGAGGUGGGUAAAUUGGAGCUUCCAAAGGCGCAGGGAAAGUAUGAAACCGGGCAGCUAUUCCUGCACCGCGUAUUCGGUUACCGUGGGGUGAUCUUAUUCCCAUGGUUGGCUCGAGUGUACGAUCGGGAUUUACCAUCGCAGAACAAAAGUGUGCAGAGCGACUCAACCGUUGCACCGGCCGGUAGUGACUCGUCAACACCUCCAAAUACCGCCAAGGAGGUACAGAAAAAGACUCACACCUUCUAUCAGGUUUUGAUCGAUCAACGCGAUUGUCCGUACAUACGAGCCCAGACGGAGGCUGUAACAUUCCUGGGUAAUCAAGAAUCCAGCCGCAGUUUGUAUGCCAUCCCGGGGUUAGACUACGUGGCCCAUGAGGACAUCUUGCCGUACAGUUCCGGAGAGCAGCAUCCAUUGCAACACGAGUUGUUUGAUAAGUUUUUGGCGCAUCAACCGGAUAAGGAUCCCCCGUUCAGUGCGCAGGACACGCUCCGGGCAUGGCAGAAGAAGAAUCAUCCCUGGCUGGAACUUUCCGAUGUGCACAAGGAAACGACCGAAGGUAUUCGAGUAACGGUGAUUCCUUUCUACAUGGGAUGCCGCGAGACGCCAGCCGCUUCCGUGUACUGGUGGCGCUAUUGCAUCCGUCUGGAAAAUCUCGGAGAGCUGAGUGUGCAGCUCCGCGAACGACACUGGAGAAUCUUUUCCCUCUCGGGAACAUUAGAAACCGUCCGUGGUCGAGGGGUUGUCGGUCAGGAACCCGUGCUCAGUCCACGCCUACCGGCUUUUCAGUACAGCUCCCACGUGAGCCUGCAGGCUCCCAGUGGUCAUAUGUGGGGUACCUUCCGAAUGGAGCGGGAAGAUGGACACAUGUUCGAUUGCCGCAUACCACCCUUCUCCCUUGAGAGUAAACCGGAUGAUAGCGGAAAUCCUUCAGACGAUUCCUCCAACAAUUCAAGCAGUUCCGGUUCGACAACAUCGACAACGGGUGGAGGGUCUUCGAGCUCCGCAGGAGGCGGCGGAAGCAGUAGCUCAGGAGGAGCCACCUCGUUGGAGGAUUUGUUUUGACGACGAGGAAGUCCGAUGUAACAUGUUUAAAAAAUUAUAUUUAUUGAACAGUACGAAAGCUUUCCGCUACGCAAAGCGACGAUCCAGUGAAACACUACUUCGUUGUACAUAUGAUUUAAUAUUUCUUUAAAGUAAUCCAGUACCUACCUAUCGAAUCACAUAAGAAGAGGCAAUUACAUGGAAAUUGCGAGUGAAAA